AUAGUGCCCCUUGGCUGGAGGAUUUCACCAGAUCUCCUCAAGAUAAAGCUCAACCGUCACAGCGGCAAUUUGCUGAAGUAUCUGCUGGUGUGCAGUUGCAGUCGGAAACAUUUGAGCUUCCAGAAUAUCAACGAAACAGGAUGGUGGAAUAGCACAGAUAACCUCAUGGUGUACAAUUUAGCUAAAAAUCAUUUGGGCAGCCUCAUUCAGAUAGCGUGUGAUGUGCCGAUCGCCCCAUCUGUUGCAGCAACAGUGGGACAGUCUGCUAGUGACCUGAAACAUCCAGUGUCCAGUCCAACCAUAGAGACUGGUCAGCAAGCCAAUAAGUUAGAGGAGCUUAGGAAAGAGAUGCCUGUCUGCCAGGAGACCAGAGGGGCUGGGAAAAGGACAAAUCCUCGACUGAGGCCUCAGGAGCCACCAAAGCCACCAGCGCCUUCUCCAGACCACAUGCAGUCCAGCAAGGAGCACCCUCCUUCUAGGAAGCAGGCAGAAGGACAUUCAUGUGCUCUCGAGGCCAGAGAGACCCAACAAGGACUGUUAAAUCAACAGGACAAAAUCCAAGAUGAGGAAGAACCAUUGCUGAAGAAAUUGAGUCCUCCAGACCCCGGAGGAAACACUCCUCUUGAGCAAAUCACACAUCAGACAGCAGUCAAGGAUGGGAAGAGCAAAGAGGCAGGAGUAGAGCUGUCCAGUAGCCAUCCCAGUGCAGAAGCAGGAGGGAGCAGUCCAGCAGAGCCAUCUCCUGGGGCUGCACACAGGGAGGCAGGAGGGACACUUUUGAGACAUCAGGAGGCAGAAAUGCCAACUCCUGCUUCAGUUCAACUUGCCAAGGAAGAGCUGCUUCCUGCUUCUGCAGCAGGGACAUCCGUGGCUCAGGAGGCAUUGCUUGCAGCUCACAGCACCCCAGGGAUAGAGGCCACAGCAGGAGAGGUCCUGUCUGGAGCCCAGAUGCUGCCUCCUGCAAGAAGAGAAACAGAAAUCAAAAAGGCAGAUGGCUCUGCCCCACAACAGUAUUUUUCAGCCAGCACAUUAGGGAAGGAGAGUACCAAACCAGGACCUGUGGGACCUCAGGGGAAGGAAGGAGGAGAGCAAACAGCCACAGCUCCACACCAGGAACCAGCAGCACCUUCAGGCACUUUUGAAGGAGGUACUGAGGUUCAGCCACAAGUACCGCUGGUCCUGCCUAGCGCUGAGAGACCUCAAGAGAUGUCUUUGGAGGAGAAGAUGCAGCACAAAAACCUUGUUUCCUCCUUGAAGAACUAUCUGCUUCUGCUUUUAAAACUGUCAGAUAGCAGUAAGGAUUCCAUGAAAGAAGAGACUGGCCCCCGGGACAAUGAGCAGCCCAAUGCAGAGGAACUCAUGCUCCCAGAGAUAGGCAUUGCAGGCCUGAGCCCCCGCACCUCAAGGAGAGUUUUGGAAAAGGUACAAAACAAUCAGCUCUUCCAGACAGCAGAGAACUUGCCUCUGACCCCCAGGACGUCCAGGCGGAUCACAGGCAUGAUUAAUGAGGAAUUCCUUACCAGCAAGGAGUUGCUGGAUUGCAGGCCUGUGCCACCAAGGAGACGUACCCAUGUUGCUCCCGAGGUGGAGGGGCCACCCCAGCUCUCUGUGCCCUCCAUCGUGGUGGGCAGCAUGCAGGCAGCAGGAGCAGGGCAGCCUCCUUCUAAUAUUUAUGAUUUGUCUCCAGCCAGCCCUGAAAAAGAAAGCCCUGGUGACCCUCUAGCAGUGCUACCUUGUGCCACGCCAGAGGAGCUUGCUUCCGGGGCUCGACGCAAAAUAUACCUGCCAAAAACCAAGCAGAUGGGGGAGGAAGAGGAGGCAACUUCAGAGCACCCAGGGCACCUGAGAAGUCCUACCGUUUCACCACAGCAAUCCAGGAAAAACACAGGCCUGUUGCAGUCAUCUGCCCUGGCUCCGUCCCCUCCUGCAGAGCAGCGCUCGCCAACCCUCAUGAGGAAGAUGGCCACGUUGGAGGUUCCUAAGCUGUAUGAGGAGGCCACAAGUGACAGCAGUGGUGACCAUGAGGUCCCUGAAGAUGCUAAGCCCGAAGUACAGCUAGCAGAGUCCAAGAGAGCAAAUGACCCAUUUAAAGCUCCACAGGUGAUUCGUAAGAUCAGGGCUGAACAAUUUUCUGAUGCAUCAGGAAACCUGAAACUUUGGUGCCAGUUCUUCAAUAUUUUGAGUGAUUCUAAGCUGAUGUGGUACAAGGACGAGAUCCCUGUAGCAGAAGCCCAAAGGAGUGCUGGUGACGAGGGCCAGGCAGCCUUGGCUGUUGUGCAGGCAUCCCAGAAGGACUGUGGGGUCUACCGGUGCAUGAUCAGCAACGAGUAUGGCACUGACUCCACAGAUUUCCUGCUCAGCCCAGAAGUGCUGUCUGGAUUUAUCUUGCGGGAAGAGAUCGAAGUUGGAGAGGAGAUCGAGAUGACGCCCAUGGUGUUCGCAAAAGGUUUGGCUGAUGCAGGCUACUGGGGGGAUAAGCUCUUUGGGCGCGUGGUGAGCGAGGACGUGGAAGUGGGUGCUGGUUUCCUGCGCAAAGCCUGCCGUGCCAGAGCCAUCUAUGGUCUGGAGCCUGUCUUUGAGUCCGGCCACACCUGCGUCAUCAAAGUACACAAUUACAUUGCCUUUGGGACCAAGAAUGAGAACAGCCUCGUUGAGAAGAACUACGAUAUCACCAUACAGGAAUGUAAAAUCCAGAACUCCAGCCGUGAGUACUGCAAGAUCUUUGCUGCUGAGGCACGAGCUGUCCCUGAUUUUGGAGCGGUGCCUGAGAUAAUUCCUCUGUACCUGAUUUACCGACCAUCCAACAACAUCCCUUACGCCACAAUGGAGGAGGACCUGGGUGGGCCCUGUGAGCAGUACUGUGUCACUGAGAGAGAUGGCAGCUUGGUGGCACGAGGCACGUCAGAGAUCGUGCUCAAAUGCUGCACCUUCCAGCAUUGGGUCUACCAGUGGACAAAUGGAAACAUCCUCGUGACUGACAUGGAAGGAGUGGGCUGGAAGAUGACCAACGUGCGGAUUGCUACCAACCUGAAAGGGUACCAGGGGCUGAAGGAAAGCUGCUUCCCCUCCUUGCUGGAGCAGUUCACGGCCGCUCACCAGUGUAACCAUUACUGCAGCAUCCUGGGCCUGAAGAUGCUGGAGCCAGCCAAGCCCAAGGGCUCCAAAAGCCCCUCCAUGGGUAGGAAAUCUGCCCAGUCGAGCCCCCAGCUCCAGAAGAAGGGGCUGGUGAGUCCCCAGGGUACCCGCAAAGCUGCCGUGAGCCCCAAGAGCUCCCGGAGAGCUGGAGACACAGGGGAGGUCCCAGCAGCCUCCAAACCUGCGUCAGGAGAGAGCGGCGGGGGCAGGGGUUGUCACACCUGCUCCCUUGGGCUUUGCACGUGCCAUGCGCCCUGCCUGGCUCCAAACUGGGAGUCCAAGCUGCCCCCUGGCUCCCAGCACCUCAUGUCUCAUUUUGUGUCCUCCAUAAAGUGA